GUUCGCAACAGUCGUGCGCGGCCCGUCGAGCCGCAAGCAUCUGUUUUUUUUUCAACUCGCGUUAUGACGGUGUGUAUACAUCGAUACGUUUAUAUACACGAGCAUAGAGCUCUACGAACACACACUUUUCAGUAUACAUAGCAAAACACUAGCGAGAGAGGGGGCGGGGUGGAUGAAAACCCGCCAAAAUCACUUGACCAGGCGUUCCGAAACCUGCUCUUGACCAAUCCGUGCGCCCGUGAGUGUGUUUACGCGUGUUACAAAUAAACGUACUUCAUAUUUUCACUGUUUUAACAAAGAAACAUCGACAUUCCGGAGUUUCAAACUGCGCUAUUGAGUGUUAUAAAUAAUAUUUAUUAAAUAAAAUUGACAAAUGGAAGAAGAAAUAAAAAAGAGAUGAACGAAUAUUAACGAGAAACGCAUUCUAAAUAAGAUGAGAUGAAAACAACGAGCGUUGAGAAUAGUUGACAGAUUGGAGAAAGGCUCAUAUUAUUUGAGCUCCGACACGGAAAAUAUCACAUAUUUCGACGAAGAAUGUACGGCACUGCCAUGGACUCCUGGAUCUAUGACGUGGUCUGCAUGAUGUCCGGUAACGCCGUCGAGACCAUUAUAGGAAAUAAUAGAACUAUGCCAAGUAUCAAACAGGAACUCGAUAAUCCGACUACGCCGACGCAAAAUUAUCACCAAGUUUGCUCGCCCAGCACCACGAUUCAGCAUCAAGAGGCUAUCUGUGGAAAAAUGGACAUGCAAGAUUAUGGAGGAGGCGGUGAAACGAGCCCAGGGAGCCCAGAAAUGCAGCACUGCUCGUCGACGACGCAGCCCCUCGGGACUCCUGAGGGUGGCUUGAAGGAAGAAGACAUGAUGCCGAGACGACUUUGCCUCGUUUGCGGUGACGUAGCCAGUGGAUUCCAUUACGGUGUCGCGUCGUGCGAGGCCUGCAAAGCAUUUUUCAAAAGAACGAUACAAGGUAAUAUAGAGUACACGUGUCCGGCAAACGGAGAAUGCGAAAUCAAUAAACGAAGAAGAAAAGCGUGUCAGGCAUGCCGAUUUCAAAAGUGCUUGAGGCAAGGAAUGCUCAAGGAAGGGGUCAGGCUCGAUCGAGUACGUGGUGGAAGACAAAAGUACAGAAGAGCGACUGAUCCGUAUCUUCCCGUAAAGACGGUCACCCUGGAAGCCAACGUAGGCAUGCCAGGAUUUGGAGAGACAACAAACAACAAAAUGAUCGAAGCGCUCAUCGUAUGCGAACCGGAUGUACUUCAAGUAUUCAAUCUCUCACAGACAAUGGACACAGAUCAACGGGUUUUGGGCCAGCUGUCGGAUCUUUACGAUCGUGAACUCGUUGGCGUCAUUGGAUGGGCAAAGCAGAUACCUGGAUUCAGUAGCUUAGCACUGAACGAUCAGAUGCGCCUUCUGCAGAGCUCAUGGGCCGAAAUCCUCACCUUUAGUCUUGCUUGGAGAAGUAUGCCUAACAACGGUCGUCUCAGGUUUGCCCAGGAUUUAUCAAUCGACGAAAGACUUGCUCGUGAGUGCCACUGCUCGGAACUUUACUCCCAUUGUAUUCAAAUAGUGGAGAGGCUUCAGCGAUUGGGUUUAGCCAGAGAGGAGUACUUCAUUCUAAAGGCAUUGAUAUUGACGAACAGUGACGUAAGAUUGGACGAGCCCCAAGCGCUAUAUCGUUUCAGAGAUUCAAUAUUGAACUCGUUAUCAGACUGCGUGGCAGCUGUGAGGCCGGGCCAGGCGCUUAAAGCGACGCAAAAUAUGUUCCUAGUGUUACCGAGUCUGAGGCAAGCUGAUGGUAUUGUGAGAAAAUUUUGGUCCAGCGUUUAUAGGACCGGAAAAGUGCCGAUGAACAAACUUUUCGUGGAGAUGCUAGAAGCAGCCUGUUAUCGAUGAUUGAGCGGAGACGAAGGCGAUUCCGAGAAUAUUCGAUCGACAUUGUGCCAUGGCGACUCGGCACUGUACGAUCGAAUUUCAUGAAAUCGGCCCUGCAACCGUCUACAAAUAGGCGACGGGUAUCGCCGAAUGAGAAGAAAAAUAAAAAUAACAAACAAGUUAAAAUAAGAAAAUCCUAAUAAGUACAGACUUUGACGACAUGAUAGUGAGAUGAGAGAGAAACGCGAGUGUUUUUUUUUUUUUUUUUUUCGAAAAGGUUGCUCCGACUUUUCUGCGUUGCGCUUAUAACGACGUAAUUAUGCAAUGCAAAACUUUUAUGACGUUUUCUCGUUCCAAUUAUUCUCGUCCUUUCUUUAUUAUUUCAUUUUUAUUUCUCAAUAAAUUAUCUCACAAAAACAUAAAAAGCUAUGUAUCUUUCGGAGAAUUAUGAACAUUGCCUACCUCUUUUACAAAUAUAUGAAUAGCCGUUCACGAACAGUGCGUAAUCAUGCGAUGAAUUGUAAUACGAAAAAACGCAAUGUACCUCUUAAUUAUUAGUGCAAUUCUGUGAAACGAAGGCUUGACGCUUCGUCAUUUUUAUUUUUAUUUUACUGCUAUUGAUAUUUUUUUAUUAGUAAGCAUAAACACGAUUGUCAUCGUUUUUUUCUGGUCUAUAACGUUCGCCAGAUUUAAUGAAAGAAAAGGCAAAACAGGCAUGAGGCGAUUUACAGCGGGUCAGAAAAGCCGGAGCGAUCAAAAAAAAUAUUGCUAAAGUUUGUAUGUCCAAUAAUACCGGGAAAUUUAGGAAAAAUGUUCACAGUGACCAGCCUAAGCUGCGCCAAUUCCACCUUUAUUGUUUUCUUUCUAUUGAUGAUUUUUCUUCUCGUCUCAGCCGCUAUUUCUACACUAGACGAUAUUGGUGAGAAGAAAAGUACGUGAGAAAGUGGGGGAGUGAGAGCGAAAAACAAAAUAUGAAAGAGAAGGAUGAAAAGGAGUAAGAUAAUGUUUACGGUUGUUAUAUGACCGCUCAGCAUCUUUCACGCGUGCCACGAGGAAUGUAGCAGAGUAUAUUCAGGGAUCUUUAUUAUCUAGUUGUUAUUAUUAUUAUUAUUAUUAUUAUUAUUGUUAUAACUGCCGUGUGCGAUUAGCGAGCGUAAAUGUCAUGCGCUCGGAUUCGUGAGCGACGAAAUACAAAACGAGCGAGAAACGAAAAAAACUAAAAUUUAUAUUGUACAAGCGUCUUUUUAAGGAGUGAUAAGAAGAUCGGACAGCAAAGAUCGUAUGGAUCUGAUAUUCUCGAAAGAAUUUUUUUGCAAUAAGCACAGUAGUGUGCUCGUCAAUGGAGUCGACUAGAUUCUAACGCGCUUUACGUUGCCCCCCUACGAUUAAUUGACUGUUUCCGGUACUCAUUCAUUUUUAUCGUUCCUCACAGUUUUUUUUCGGUUACUACACUUUUUUAAUUAGGCUAUCCACAAAUUUUGUUACUCAUUCGUUAAACUGUUUGAACACUGAAGAAUUUCUCACGAUAUAAAAAAAAAAUGAAACUAGAGAAUAAUUUCUAAAUUCGUGACGCAGGAGCGUUUAUACCGGAUUCUCAAUCAUGUUUAAUCCCCGAAAUUGACCGACAGGAAAGGCUUCACGGCGAAAGAUAGUAUGUAGCAUAAUAAGAGUUUUAACAAUAAUGAAAUAACAUUGGCUGUUGAGCCACGGCGAAUUUUUUUUUUGCUCCGAUGUUCAAUUCUCAUAUUUUCUUUUAAAUAUAUUCACGUUUUAACGGAACAGCCUCUAGUUUUCAAAACGACGAAACUUCCACGCGCAAAGUUUUCGUUCCAAUUGUUCGUAUUAUUAUUCUUCUUUUUUUGCUAUACGACGAGGAUACCGAUUUUGCCUCAUUCCUUUUCUUUUCUUUAGUUCUCCGAAGCCGAGACGCUUAUCUAUCGAACUGUGAUAUUCGCUCUACGUAGUGCAUAGAGCAGCUGUUACCGUCAUUAAACAAGCAUUAUUAGUUGAUUCGUUCUCGAGCUAGCUUCGGUCACAUUACGAAUUCAAGUUACAAAUAUAUUUAUUUACAGAUUAUCCAAGUUGAAUGGUCAUUACUGUAAGCUCAAAGUUUAUAUUGGACAUCAAGAUCCAUCAUCAUAAUCAAUGAAAUUUAUAAAUACACCUUGUUGCGAUUAUUGUUGAAUAAAUUAAUGAGCAAAUCGCUCAAGGUGAUCCAUCAUUUGCAAGAGUUGUGACGACUAAAAAUUGGAUACACUUUUUUAAGACCAAUUUCUUUAGCAUUAAAUUUACCACGAAAAAGUCAUCGACGACGAUUUUUCAUGAUUAGUAUUUUAUUCUUGAGAGCACAUGGAAAACCGAGCUUAAAGAAAUCGAUAAGUGGGAUACCUUCGAACUGUUCUCAGCAUUAAAGUACUGGCUACCGAAAAACGUCUCGAAAUACUAUCGUUUGAGUGAAGAUUCGUAUAAAAAAAAAAUUUUUCAUUAAAAAACCGGAUCGAUCUUUCCUGCAGAGUGUUGUACAUAAUUUGAGCGAACACUAUCGACCAUUCAAUGAAAGAUUCUGUAUAGACAGCAGCUGUUUUGUGGUAGCAUUAUCGGAACCACGGGCGAUUCGGUCUCGUCGUCGAUAUCCGUUUUUCUGUUGAUGAUGCAUCAAAAUGAAAAGCGAGAGAAGAAUGUAACUGCGUUAUAUAUCCUCGAAAUAAUGUUAAAGAGCAGAUUCGUCGUGGCGGUAGAAUCGUAGCUCAGGGUUUCAAACAAACAAACAAACAAACGAUACAAACAUAGAUUCUUAUGGAGAAAAAAAAAGCUAAAGAGAUGUUUAUUAUAGAAUAAAAAGAAAAGAAAGGAAAACAAAAACGAAAAGAAUAAAAUUGUAUGUUGUAUAACUGAUACCUCGCGUUAAGAGGGUUCUAUUAAUCUAUGUGUUACUGAGGCAUAACAGUUAAAAUUAUUACGUUAAUGAAAUACUGCGCUUCUGGCUCUGGAGUAACGUUUCCGAAUAAACCCCGAACAUCCAAUAAAAACCACAAAUUAUUCGAUGCCUCGAUCCGGCGUCGAUAGAGUUUCUAACGAUCGGGAAUAAGUGAUUUGCUUUUAUUUAUCCGAAAGACUUGACGAAUUAAGCACCAAUUUUUAUUUUUCUUUCUCGACUUCUCAACACAACAAUGAACGUGUUUUAUCCAGGCCAGCAAAAACAACUCCGUGUAAAUAAUACAUAUUAUACGUAAUUCAGGAAUGAGGACGAGAUAAAUAUAUAUAUUUUUUCUUUCUUUCUUCCGACAUACCUGCGACGUCGAUAUUUUUAUCUCACAUGUAACCGCGCGUUUACAAUACCGAGUUUAAGGCAACCAACAUUUCCAAGUUAUCCGCCUUUCAAUGUUUUUGUUUAUGUCGAUUUGAGACUCGAAACUUGCGAAUAACAGAUUGCGAACGCACUCGUCACACGUUACCUCAACUCGAUCAUGUGAACGGUGGUCAAAUGUGUGGUUUGAAGGAAGCCAUUUCCAUCGUGAUUAUAAAUAUGAUGACCGUAGAUACAUCGUAAUUACAUUCUAAUAGAAAACCUACAUAUAAUUUUGAUAUAUACAGACGAACACACACCCACAUACAUAAAUACAUAAUAUACAUGCAUACGAAUAUAUAUAUAUGUAUAUAUUAUAUUAUAAAAAUCUGCAGAACAAAGUGGAUACUAGCCCAGUAACACGAGAAACAUCACUAACAAAUGUACACUACGCGACGUGUAGAACGAUAUUAAGAAGCUUGCACGCUCCUUCGAUAUUUCGUAUACGGGCCUACACGUACGUGCAAAAAACGUUGCAAGGCUGCAGCAAUUUAAUCGAGAAAAGAAACAAUAAAGGAGCGUUGUAUAAACAGUUUAA